ACAAUGGAUCUACCAGAAAUUGCGCUUAGGGUCUUUUGCUAUCUAGACUCUAUUUCUCUGGUCCGAUGCGAACGUGUCUGUCGAGAUUGGAGUUCACUUCUAAUACAGAAUGAAAACCAUCUCUGGUGCGCUUUUGCGGCGGCAUUGUCACCUGUCAACGGAAGACUUCCUCACCGACUCGAAUGGGAGACUUGGAAAGAUAUCGUACGGCUAAAACAUGCGUGGGAUAAAGUGUUACCAAAACUUACGGCAGAGUCGAGAAGGUUGCAUGAUCCUGCGGAAUACUUGCAGGAGGCUCCGACUAUUGUUGGGGAGGUGGUGGUGGACACGACUGGCCACAACAAAGAUCGACGAUCAAAAGUCAGUGUAAUGGACUCGUACAGUUCAUCAGAAACCCGGGACUACAUACAAACCCAAGCUGUAGGACCUCACAUUGUAUACGCCAUAACAGGCAUAUCCCAUAUCGGCACAUUUGAUAUCCGCGCAUCAUCUAUUUCAGCACCGUCCAUUAAACUCCCCGCAACAUCUUUUCAACACCCACCACGACUCCAACGCGUUUUUCAUUCCACAUUGAUACCCGUUCACGAAGGGAUGGGAUGGAUGAGCUUUUGGGAUCCUCGACAUACGGAUCGACAAGGUCGAUUUCGUGCCAUAGAUGAUGAAUACUGUCAGGGCCAACUCUAUGAACACCUUUACGCGUGUUUUAAUCCCCGUUGGUCAGAUGAUGAGUCUGAAACCGUCGAUGCACGCCGAAUUGUUCGUCUUUGGGAUGUAAAGUGUCCGUCGCAACCUAUAUUAUCUUGGAAUGCACAACUCCCCGGACACGUCGUGGACGUCGCAUUGAAUGAUUCCCUAGUUGCAUGCGCAUAUGGGUCUCGUCUUGAUGCAGAGGCUGGACCCAUAGACAAUGCGCAAGAUACGCCGGUUUUUGGAUUAGAGUUUAGGUCUGUUGUGACCGGUGAUUUAGUCCGGUCUGUGCCGGCUCUUUCGGGGGUUCAAGAUGUCAUCUUUCUGGUUAUGACCCGUUUUUACUGUCUGGUUGUGCGAGCGCCCGAUGAUGGACAAUUGGUGACAGUAGUUGACCUGGCUACAGGAAACGUGGCUCACGAGAUCAAUUUAAUGGAAAGCUUUAUUCGAACAUAUGGUGGUCUACACGUCAAGGACGAUGAAACGAUGCUCAUGCUAUGGUCUAGUUCCAAUCGACUUGCUUGCCUCGAUUUAAUCCGUGGAUGCUGGACGUUACAUGAGCGGAAAAGGGAUGAGUUGUUUGAAAAGUGGCAUUACGGGGUAUGGGUGGCCAUUGAACAGAAUGAACAUGUUUGCAACAGAGUAAAAGUACUUGGCACGAAUGGCACAAUCAAAAGUAGUAUAUCAGAUAAGAGUCGAUUUAGAGUGAUAUGGAAAGCCAUAGGAGGAGUUCCCUCAGUGUCGCCCCCAUCGUGGACAUCGGAAUGUAAUAUAAUCUUGAAUGGAUGAUAUACUAUAUUGUUUGCA